UGGCAACCUACUUUAUCUACUUGUUUCGUGGCAGCAGUUACAUUGCACUAAAUGCGCAAUUCUUACAUGUCACAAACAGCCUCGUUCCUAUUCGUUUUAACAAUUGUUUAACGCGGAACAUAUAAAAUCUCUUAUUGCUUCAUUAACAAAGUAUAAAUAGCAGCAUUGUCGCGUUUAAGAUUUUACAUCUAAGCUGAAUGUUUGUAACAGAAUGGGUGAUUCAAAAAAUUUUACCGUGGAAAAUGGUAUUUACAAGGGUCGAGUAACCAAUCUGGAUAACUACAAAAGUUUCGGAGAAUUGAUCUGGAUCAACAUUAGAAAACAUGGCGAUAAAAUUGCACGCGAAAACAUUGUAAACAUGACUAAUUUGCGAUUGCUGUGGUUUUCUCCUCUUUAUUGGAUGAGCGGGCUAUUGUUGAACUUGUAUGCGAUAAUAGACGGUGCCACAGCGAUCCUUUAUCCGGAAUUUGAUGAGGAGAUGACUUGUCGACUGAUUGAGAAGUACAAAAUAGAACUUGUUUACCUUCCUACAAUUAUGAUUAAUCAGUUUCUCAGAGAAGAUUACAUAACAAAAUAUUCAUUAUCUUCCUUGAGUGUUGUAUUGUGUGGCGGUAUGGCAUUAAGACCAAAAAUACAAGAGAAACUAAGACGUAAUUUACCUCAUGCUCAGAUAUUGCAAGGUUAUGGUAAAUAUCAUUAUAAUGCGUAAAAAUUAUAUAAAGUAUUCUGUACAAUUAGCGGAGGUACAUUUUUAAAACAAUUAGAGCUAAUAAAAAUGUCGGAAC